AGCGAAGUCAGAAGCAAACACGCUCCAGGAAACGAAAGAUAUUACUGAGAUUUUGAGUUUUCCAGUGACACCACAAGUCUCAGAAAUAUGGUGCAAGAGUUUAUGAUACUGAAGUGUUUUUCCUGUGCAACCUUUCAGGUUCACCAAGUUAAGAAAAGCAACAAGUGGGUUUGCAAAGUAUGUGGAGAAAAGCAAUCAAUUAAAAAAGUUUAUGCUCAAGGGACUGGUCUUGACUGCCGUAAGCAUGUGCAGAAAUUAAAUUUGAAACAAGGAGAAGCACAGGAGGCAAGAGAUUUGAUAUCCUGCAAUGAUGAAAAUCCUAGUUCUUGUGACUUCUCUGAAAAUACCCCGUUGACUGGCAAUGUUAAGAUAAACCAAGGUACAAAUUGCAACAGCCAGGAAGGUUUUUUCAAAGGAGUAAGCAAAUGGGAGAAGUUCUUAGAGAUCAGUUCUACUGACCAUGAUGAUUUAGAGGAAUUGGACAGUGACGAUAUAACAACAGAAAGGGAUUUGUUUGAUAAAGCAUAUUCAAGAAGAAAGAGAAAGUCAUCAUGGCAACAUUGCAAAUCAGGAACUGGCUUCCAGGGAAAAAGAUCCAAAAUAAGUGCAAAUGAAGAUAGUGUCAGUACAUGCUCAGGGUUCAAAACCUCUUUUCCAAAUACUCCUUUACAUAACUUGACAUCAAACCAAGUUGAUGAAUUUCAGUCCUAUGGCAAACAAGCACAAGCCAAUGAGGAUUUGGAGUCGAAUACCAAAAAUAACCCAUACAAAUGUAACAUUUAUUUUGCAAAGGCUACCAGAAAUCCCUCCCCAACAAUGAAAAGGAUGAACUCAAGUGCUUUGGUUGACCAGAAACGGAAAGCAAUACAUUCAUCAAAGUGGAAUAGGUUCAUGUCUAGUUACUCAUCACAAACUGACAUGCAUGAAACAUGCUCAGAAAAUAACUCUUUUUCCUUUAAGCCACACAGAAAUAAUUGUCAAAUUGAUAGUGAAAGCUAUCUUAGCCAAGGUAAUAAUUUUAUGAAAUCUGCUGCAGCUAUGAAUGCAGCAGAUAAUCAGUCAUCAUCUUCUCAGUUUGUUCAAGAUUUCUUUAAGGUGGAUGAUGAAUUAGAUGAUAACUGGUGGAACUCACUGUAACUUAAAAGAAGAAAUUUAGAUGUUUUAACCUUGCUGUGCUACAUAUUUAUUUGUAAGUCUUUAA